AUGGAAAGGCAAUUUCUUAUGGAAGAAGAAAUAUUGUACUUUGACAAGAUAGGCUUUCUUUGUCUUUGUGAUACUUCAUUGACCAUGUAUAGAAGUCAGCUUAUGGAAUAUAACAGAAAUGUAUCAAAGAAACCAUUAGUUAAAGUGAAAAGAAUACAUAUGAAGCAUAUCACAGAGAAUAAAUCUUUAGAAGACAGUAGCAUACAUGAAGUUGACAGCUCUAAUUGUAUUUCUGAAGGCAAAAAAUUUUAUGUCAAUGUUUGA